UGUUUCCCACUGAUACUCUUUAUUUUUGUGCUUGUAGAGUCCAGGCCAUUCGGACAGCGACCCUCCUCGCCCGCCGCCGACACGACACGAUUGCCCUGCACACACACAUUACACUCUCUUGGCACCACUAGUACCACAACUGCUUCAACCACCACCACUCCAACAAUGGCUCUCCUAGGCCCGUCAGCGAGCCGCGCGCUCAGACCAACACGGCGCGACGUGAUCCUCGUCGUGCUCUCGCUGGCCUUUGCGCUCCUCUUCCUCACGCCAAGCCACCACCCCAACGCGGCGGCCCCGCGCCCCUCGAGCAAGAGCGGCGGGAGAUUCGGCAAGUGGGGCUCGAUCCUCGGCCCGUCGCAGGCGCACAGCGUGCUCCGCGAGCCGUCGUUCGAGGAGACGGUGCAGCCUGCUGGCUUUGUCUCGGCGGACGGCGUGAGCCACGACGACGCGGCAGAGUCGGACGAGUUUGCCGACAAGGCCACGGUCAUGCUGGGCCACACGCCCGGCUGGACAAUGUUCGAGCGCGUGUACAUCUACAACGGGCAGAUGGUCGUCGUUACGGACAAGCGCGACGACUGGCCAGAACUCCGCCUCAUGACCUCGACUGGCCUGCCGUCGCUCGACGAGCCGGGCAACAUCGAGGCCCGCGAGCCCAUCGGAAACGAGAUCAUCUUCAUGACCCCCGCCGAGGCCCACGAGCUCUGGGGCAACAACGUCGAGCGUAUGCGCGGUAUGACUUGGCUGUGGAACGACGGGCAGUUCCUUGACCACUACUACCACUUUGCGGCCGAGAUCCUGCUGUCCUCGUGGCGUGUGCACGCGGCGCAGGACUCGGCACAGAACAUUGACGAGAACGGCCACUCGACGACGUUCACCCCGCCCGACCGCAUCUGGAUGCUGCACCAGAACUCGAAGGAAUGGCGCGACCGCCACAAGUUCAACGCCAUCCUCAUGUACGCGCUGUUCCCCAACAUUGGCAUCCUGUACCCGGAGGACUGGGACGACAUCAAGGCGUCGACAAAGUCAGAGUACCGCAAGAAGGCGUACGUUCUCGACCGCGCCAUCCUCGCCGACCGCUCGGCCGCCUUCCGUGGGCCGUACACUGGCCCCACGCAGCGCACGUACGCUGGUGCCGUGGCGUUUGGCACGGCGUCGCGCUGGUUCUGGGAGCCCGCACGCCGCCAGGUCCUCCGCUGGUCCGGCCUCGCAGAGGACAUCAUCAACCGCAGCCAGGAGGGCUUUGGCGCCGUCAACCCCGACAUCUGGGAGAAGUACUCGACCGCGCCGGGCAGCAACGACCCCAAGGCGAUCGCGCCGGUCGGCACGUACCGCCCCCUCGUUACAUACAUCUCGCGCCAGGGCGGCCGCCGCUCGCUGACAAAGGACUCGCACGAGGACCUGCUCAAGGCCAUCAAGGAGAGACAGAAGACGGUCGACUUUGAGUUCCUCGAGGUCGACGCCGAGAAGCUGUCAAAGGAGGAGCAGUUUUCUAUUGCUGGCCGCACGACCAUCAUGCUCGGCGUGCACGGAAACGGUCUGACGCAUCUGCUGUGGAUGCCGCCUACGCCGCGCUCGGCCGUCAUCGAGCUGUUCUGCAAGGGCGGCUUUGCGCAUGAUUACAUGUGGACUGCCACCCACCUCGGUAUCCGCCACUACGCCGUCCAGCACGAUAUCGCCCUCACGUCGCCCAACCAGCCCAAGGUCGACUACCCCGAGGACUUCCAGAGCGACCGCAUCACGGUCGUGGGCAAGGUCGUUGCGGACCUUAUCGAGCGCCGUCUCGCGGGCAAGACCUAGGCUAAGGUUGGCCAACGCUAAUACUACUCUGUCGUAGAAUGGGUCGGUGGGCUCUCAUAUCGUCGUGUCAUUUCUCUAUGCAUGCUGUGGUUCCGAG